UGAAAAGGCAGAAGAAGGAGCCUCUCUACCUCCAAGGAGCUAAUCAGUCAGGAGCAGGCGGAGUUGGGGUGGAGGAGAGGUGGGGAAGUGGAAGAGGGAACAGAGACACUGGCUGGCAAGGGCACACUGUCACAGAAGGAAGCUCCCUGCGUCUGCAGCUGGUCUGACAACAGGAUGGAUGGAGUGAGCGAGCUGUGUGAGCGAUGAAAGCAAAAGCUGACAUGAAUUGUUUAGGGAAGACUUUUUGUGCCUUCGUGCUGCUCACCGUCUCUGUGGCCAUGGUACAAAUAGAUAACAUCGGAGUGUCUAAGAUAGCUGGUUCCAGCAUUAAUCUGACCUGUGGUGACAUUUCAAGGCAGGAUCUGGUAUCAGUAGUAUGGAAGAUAAGACCAAGGAAUGGAAAUCACUGCACACUGGCAUACAGAACUGAUCAGAACAAGACAGACAGAACAAACUGCAAUGAGAGAAUGGAUUGGAAAUCUAGCCCUGAAACUGAUAGUGCCCUUCAGAUACGACAAGUGACACUCACAGAUGAGGGAUGUUAUAGCUGUGAAACUGUAAACAGCGAUGGAACUUUCAAUCAAACCUACACUCUGACUGUAUUAGUCCCUCCUGAAGUGACCUUGACCUGUGACAGUAACGGGGCCGCUGUGUGCAAGGCAGCUGCAGGGAAACCAGCUGCACAGGUCUCUUGGGACCCAAACAGAAAUCCCAAGACUGAGCUUGAAUAUCACCCAGAUGGGACAGUGACUGUGCUCAGUAUAUACAGCCCCAAAGAGACUAAUAUAACCUGCUUUGUCUCUCAUCUGGCUUGGAACACAAGCCAAUCCAAGGAAUGCCAAUCAGACGUGUUUCUUCAGUAUUUCGCCAUCUCUGCUGGUCUCCUGGGCAUCCUCUUCAUUUUGGCUUUAAUUUUCCUCUGUAAGCUCCACCGUGGCAGAAUUUGUUGUAAGUCCAAAAUCCCUGAGACUGCUCCCACACACAACCUGCAGGAUAGUAAUGAGCAGCAGGAGUUGGAGCCCUACGCCAGCUAUGUGCAGAAGGAAAACACAAUCUACAACACAGUGUAUGAAGUAACAGUGAGUGAAGACCUCCCAUCAGGGCUCCAGUCAGAAACCUGAGAAUCCAGCUGGGCCCGACUCACCACCUGUGUGAAGAAGGGGAACAGGUUGCAGGGAAGAUUAAUGAUACUGGAUUCCUUCCAGAAGAAGAUCUCCAUCACCAAACAUUUUCUUCACGGGAUUCUGAGAGCCAAGGAUCUGCAUAACCACUGGGUGCCUCCAAACAUAUCUGCUUGCUGAUCAAUUCCUCUUGUUUCCUCUUCCCUUUUUGUCACCCUCUGUCCCCAUCCUGGGAAUUAGCACUGUGAAGGAUGGAGUGACCUGCUGCCAUUGGUUUCACCAUGGACAGCUCUUGUGCUCACAGGUCCCCACUGGCUGCCCUGACUGCAGCAAUCCAAACAUUGGACAUUCCUUUUUAGGCAUUAGUUCUGUGUCACUUUGGGAGUGGGAGGAGGAGUGAAACACCCACUGACCAAGUCUACUGUAAUAGUAAGGGCACUGGUCAUUAGAUGAUAGAUCAGCUGGGAUGGGAGAUCAACUGAGUAUCUCAGUAUCCUCCCAAUCCUGAGAAGAAGCACUAUCUAUUGAGGAGGUCCAUUGGGUAGGAGGAUGCUGAAUAACUUGUCAGGUCUCCCAUUGAACACAAAAUGUUUUCUAUAGUCUGUACUAAGUUACGAGUCAUUCUCAGGAGUCUUCCCGUGGUGGAAUCUCCUCCUUCAGGGAGCACAGGCAUUAACAUACUGCAAUAGCAUAAUAGUCCUGCCACUCCAUUAGUCUGUUUCUAACAGUGGCCAAGGCAAAAUGUUUCAGGAAAAGAAGCAAAACACCAAUAAUGCAUCUACUGGGAUUGUGCAAUAAUGGACCAAGCCAGGGUAAUUUCUUCCUGCCCUCAGCUGGUACUCAGUUUGUCUUGAAGCAUAAGGCUUGCUGGCCCGUGUAAUAUUUAUUUUAGCUAAUGUUAAUUGCAGAGGGUGGUUUCAAUUAUGUGCUGAAACCUUUCCUUGAAUCUCAUUAAGCUAUUUUGUCUAAGUAUAAUUGCAGCACAAGAUUAAUUUACUUCAUAUAAAAAUGAGUUUAUCCAUUUCAAA